AUGGGCACGUCAACAGUUCAUGUUGCUGUAUACAUUGACGAUAUAUUAGUAACUGGGAAUAAUUCAGAGGAAAUUGUUGCUCUUAAAGAUCUUUUACAUACUACAUUCCAAAUUAAGGAUCUUGGUAUCCUUAAUUAUUUUCUUGGUAUUGAGGUCUUACAUCAUUCUAAUGGCACUAUCCUAACCCAACGCAAGUUUGCUAUUGAUUUGAUCAAAGACUUUGCAGAUGUUCAUCUUCCUGUUGUUUCUAGUCCUUUACCUCCUCAUUUGCAGCUGAAAACAGCCGAUGGUCCUAUUCUUACUGAUCCCUUUCAAUACAGGCAAUUAGUGGGAAAAUUGAACUAUCUUACUCACACUCACUCCGAUUUAGCCUUUGCUGUGCAGUUUCUUAGUCAAUUUAUGCAAGAUCCACGUCUUUCACAUUGGCAGGCGGCUUUGCAUACUCUUGCUUAUGUGAAAGUUACUGCUUCUCAAGGCUUAUUCUUUAACAAUCUUUCUACUUUUGACUUGAUUGCUUAUUGUGAUUCUGAUUGGGCUUCGUGUCCAAACACACGCAAAUCUGUUAGCGGUUACUUUGUUUCUUUUGGGGGCAGUCCUAUAUCGUGGAAAUCUAAGAAACAACCAACUGAGGCUCUCAGUUCUGCAGAGGCAGAAUAUCGCUCAAUGCGGCGUGUUACUGCUGAGCUUGCUUGGCUCACUCGUUUAUUUCAUGAGUUCAAUGUUUCUGAUAUGACUCCAGUUCCUUUAAAAUGUGACAGCCAAGCCGCUAUAUACACAUUGCUAAAAAUCCAGUCUUUCAUGAGCGUACUAAACACAUUGACUUGGAUUGUUAUUUUGUUCGUGAAAAACUUCAAGAAGGUUUGA